UCAUUCUUCACAUAAAGCGUUAUUUCUUUAUCUGUUUAAUGCAGCACACGGAUAAGAUCGCGCAGCUUGCAAUUCAACGCUGUCACCCGAAUUCAACAUCAGCUGCCUUUACUUUGGUCUCUGCAAGAUGCCAGCAGCCCUUGCAGAGAACAGCCAGGUUAUCUGUGAAGUGUGGGCGAACAAUCUGGAAGAAGAGAUGAGGAAAAUUCGAGAGAUUGUUCUCAGUUACAGCUACAUUGCCAUGGACACAGAGUUUCCUGGAGUUGUUGUAAGGCCAAUCGGUGAAUUUCGCAGUUCCAUAGACUAUCAAUACCAGCUCCUUCGGUGUAACGUUGACCUUCUGAAAAUUAUCCAGCUGGGCCUGACUUUCACAAAUGAGAAAGGAGAAUAUCCUUCCGGCAUCAACACCUGGCAGUUCAACUUCAAAUUCAACCUUACGGAGGACAUGUACUCUCAGGAUUCCAUCGACCUCCUGGCCAGCUCUGGGCUGCAGUUCCAGAAGCAUGAAGAAGAAGGGAUCGACACCCUGCAUUUUGCCGAGUUGCUUAUGACGUCUGGAGUCGUCCUCAGUGACAGCGUGAAAUGGCUGUCCUUCCACAGUGGAUAUGACUUUGGCUACAUGGUGAAGUUGUUGACAGAUUCCAGGUUACCAGAAGAGGAACAUGAAUUUUUCCAUAUCUUGAAUCUUUUCUUCCCAUCUAUCUAUGACGUAAAGUACCUAAUGAAGAGCUGCAAAAACCUCAAGGGCGGCCUUCAAGAAGUGGCGGAUCAGCUGGAUUUGCAGCGCAUUGGACGACAGCACCAGGCAGGAUCAGACUCUCUUCUCACGGGAAUGGCAUUCUUCAGAAUGAAGGAGUUGUUUUUUGAGGAUACAAUUGAUGAUGCAAAGUAUUGUGGGCGGUUGUAUGGCCUUGGCACAGGAGUGGCUCAGAAACAAAAUGAAGAUGUGGACUCAGCCCAGGAGAAAAUGAGCAUUUUGGCUAUUAUCAACAACAUGCAGCCGUGAUGAGCGGUACCUCUCAGCAGAACGUGGUUACCAUAUUGGCAGCUGCUGUCCUCAACCAUUUUCCCUAAUACUGUCUCAAACAAAAGACACUUACAAUACGGCCUGCAGUUUUGCUGAAGAGCUGCAUCUUCAUUUGAAACCCAGAAGAGAGUUGACUGAAUUCCUAAUGCCAGCAUUUGUGGUUUGCCAUCUUUUUAAUACCAAGGGCAAAAGACAGAACCUAUUGUGAAUACCUCUGUUUUUUUCCUCUUUAUACUGUACAGAAUCUGCAAGGAAGACUUAACGGUAGAAUAUUCAGUAGAGCGAAGAGUCUGGAAAUCCAGUGAAAAUGGACACAGACAUGCACACAAAUUUCCAAAUUGUGCUUUAUAAAGCUUAUUUUUAAACUUCUGCAUGUUAUGAAGGUGACUGCUUCACCUCAUGUUCUGCUUAUUUUAUCUUUGUGUAGUCUGUAGAAAUUGCUCCCUUUGAUCACUGCAGAGGUUCGGGAACAGAUGACAUUAAAAUGAUC